AUGCUGCGUUUGUACGCUGUUUUGUUGAGUGUUGUUUUUCUUUCAACGUUUUUGAGGCCUGUCAGCGGAGGAUUGCCCCUGGUGGCUACUACUUGGGGCUUUACAAAUGCCACCCUGAGAGCAUAUCAAUCGCUAACAGUUGGUGAGUUUGAUCCGAUUGAGGCACUGGUUGAAGGAUGUAGCGUUUGUGAACGGGAACAGUGCGAUGGAACGGUUGGUUUCGGUGGUAGUCCGGAUGAGAAUGGAGAAACGACACUGGACGCGAUGCUAAUGGAUGGCAGGACGAUGGAUAUCGGUGCGGUAGCGGCAUUGCGUGAUGUGAAGCAUGCGGCUGAGGUGGCAAAGUAUGUGCUACGGAACACCAAACAUACGCUGCUGGUUGGCAGCCAGGCUACGGAGUUUGCGGUUAUGAUGGGGUUCAAGAAGGAGUCGCUGCAAACGGAAGCAUCGAAGAAUAUGUGGAGCGCAUGGCAAAAUAACCACUGUCAGCCGAACUUUUGGAAGAAUGUUAUUCCCUCUCCAUCAAUGUCUUGCGGUCCAUACGAGCCAGUAUCCGCCAACACUAUCCAUCGUACUUCGAUUUCUUCUUCAGAGGAACUCUCAAACCGAAAUGCUUAUGACUUUGGUCAGUACAACCACGACACAAUCAGCAUGAUUGUGAUCAAUGACGAAAAGCACGUGGUGGCAGGUACAUCCACCAACGGAGCACGUCAUAAGAUCCCCGGUCGGGUUGGAGACUCUCCUAUCCCGGGAGCAGGAGCAUACGCCGACGCAGAAGUAGGUGCAGCGGUGGCCACAGGUGACGGUGAUGUAAUGAUGCGCUUUUUACCUUCCCUGCUGGCUGUGGAGGCUAUGCGAAGUGGUUUAAGUCCAGCUGAGGCAGGUCAGCAAGCAAUUAGAAGGAUCGCCAAAUAUUAUUCUUCCUUUGUGGGUGGAAUUGUAGUUGUAACAAAGGAUGGAGAGUAUGGGGCCGCUUGUCAUGGUAUGGAGGAGUUCCCUUACUCGAUAGCUGAUGGAACCGUGGCAAAUGGUGAUGUGCGUGUGCUGACUGUUAAAUGCCAAACAAACUAAUU